ACAGCUCAAGAACCAGCCUCAGUGAGUUACCCACAUCUCUCCACCAGCACCAUGUCCUACAGCUGCUCCACAAGGAACUGCUCUUCCAGGCGGAUUGGAGGAGAAUACGCUGUUCCAGUGGUCACAGUUUCUUCCCCGGAGGCCGAUUGCCUGAGUGGCAUCUAUUUGCCCAGCUCCUUCCAAACGGGCUCCUGGCUCCUGGACCACUGUCAGGAGACCUGCUGUGAGCCCACUGUUUGCCAGUCAACUUGCUACCAGCCAACUCCUUGUGUCUCCAGCCCUGUGCAGGUGACCUCUCGGCAAACCACCUGUGUCUCCAGUCCCUGUUCGACGACCUGCAGCCGGCCACUCACCUUUAUCUCCAGUGGCUGUCAGCCUCUGAGUGGCGUCUCUACUGUGUGCAAGCCAGUGAGAAGCAUCUCCACUGUCUGCCAACCGGUGGGAGGAGUCUCCACCAUCUGCCAACCUACCUGCGGGGUCUCCAGGACGUACCAGCAGUCCUGCGUGUCCAGCUGCAGAAGAAUUUGCUAAGUUCAGAAGCCCACGAGUGAAUCAAGAUUCCAUGACCUGCCAGCUGCGUUUCCAGGAUCUUCCGACAUGCUGCCUGAGUGACUUCAUUGCUGACCCCUGUUCUAACUGCCUGAUUGCUGGCUGCCAGCCCUGAAUAAGCCGCCUUUGGCAAUCUAAUAUUUGGCCGGCACCAAUCUUAUUUUAAGGGUUUGAUGACUGGUGGCAUGUAUACCUCUGGAUGUUUCUAGAAAUGUACCACUCACGCCCCAGUCUCUAAGGGUUUUGGCAUGUUUUGACCUUGCUGCUUUGUCUUCUGGCUUCUGCUUUUGUGCCUUGGAAAAGGGAACUUGUCUUGC